AUGGCUGGCAAAGUGUUACACGAUACAAAUGCGGAUUUUAAUAAUAGUUCAUUAAUAACUUGCUCAAGUGAACAAGGUGACAAUUACAGUGUAGAUCUCCAGCGUGAGAGUCAGAUUUCGAUCGCAUGGAAAAACUUGCGUUUUGAAGCCACUAAAUGGGGCUUCCAGAAGAAAGUCAUCCUCAAAAGACUAAAUGGCUACUUUGAGAUUGGCAGCCUUAACGGGCUGCUGGGCCCAAGUGGUGCCGGCAAAACAACGCUACUUAACUGCCUCAGCGGCACCUUCAAGUUGGGUCUCAGUGAAGACUCGGAAGUGUACCUCAACUCUAAACACCAGUCAACAGUCUCCUUCUUUAUCGAACAGCACGUGCACGAGAGCAUAGUCGGUCAACUGACUGUCAAGCAGAUUCUACAAUAUGCCUUUGCCUUCAAAAACGGCGUUUGCCACACCGGUGAUGUCGUUGAUGAGUGCAUUCGACAGACACUCAAAGACCUAUUCCUUGAUGAACAUGUUCUGAAUCAAACUUUUGACAGCUGCAGUGGCGGAGAGCAGCGAAGAAUUGCCAUUUGCCAAGAGCUGAUGGCAAUUGAAAAGCCUUCAUUUCUUUUUGUCGAUGAGCCCACUACCGGGCUGGACAGUGCUUCUGCUGCUGAAGUGGUCAAAUGUCUCCAAAAGCUAAGCAACAUCUACCAGAUCACUGUGAUUGCCUCAAUUCACUGUCCGAAUAGUGAAACGCUGGGCUUUUUUGAUAAACUUUAUAUUUUGGCUAAGGGCGGUGUGUGCAUUUUCUCAGGACCUCCUAAUAGAAUUCAGGAAAGUCUGGAUCAAGUUCAGUAUGAAACCUCUAGUGAGCAGCCGCCAGUUGAGGCUCUUGUCAGCAUUGCCUGCAACG